AUGGCGGCGCGCGACUCUCAGGGGAACAUAUACCGAGUUCUGCUGGACCGGUGCCAGGACUUGGAGGCCAGCCACGUCAGGCUGAGAGCCGAGUUCCAUGAGCUGCAGCACCAGAAGGAGGAGAAGACGACGAAAGAGGAGGAGGAAGAAGACGAUACGGUGGUGCUGACGUCACAGUACUCGGUGCCUCACCGAGUCCGGGGGUGUUUCCUGUCCGGGAGUCCGUACCGGAGCAUACUGGACAACAUGGGCCACGCCGUCCACGUCUGCACCGUCACCGGCGGUGAGAUCCAGUACUGGAAUCGUGCGGCCGAGAAUCUGUAUGGAUGGAAGGACUAUGAAGCGCUUGGACAAAGAGUUGCUGAGCUUCUGAUUGCUGAAGAGUACUAUGCGCCUUUAAAGAGAAUCAUGGAAAGAUUGAGUAUUGGCUUGACGUGGUCGGGUCAGUUUCCUUUCAAGAAGAGGUCCGGAGAGGUAUUUAUGGCGAUGGUGACGAAAAGCCCGUUGUAUGAGGACGGUGAGCUGGUUGGUAUCAUCACUGUUUCAAGUGAUGCGACAUUAUUCAAUAGAAUUGAAGCAGAAAAUCUGAGAACAUCCAAGGAUCGUGCCAGUGGACAACACAGGGGAUGGCAGUUAAACUGGAACAAGAGCCAAUCACACCAAGGACGGCCACCGGUUGCACCAGUGCCACAGAUUGCAUCAUCUGUUUCCAAUCUGGCCUCCAAGCUGCUAUCGAGAAAUGAUAAAAACGGAUGCAAUCCAAGCGAGGUUAACAAGGCAACAGCAGACACUGGAAAUGCUAACUUCGAAAAAGCUGGCGCACUAGCAGCAAAGGUCUUGGCAAAGUUGAACAUUAAAGGAGCCAACAAAGGUGGAAAAGAAGAUCAUGAAAUAUCUCAAAAUAAUGGCGGAAGUGCUAGUCUUUUUAGCAAUGAAGUGACAAAGCAGCCUAAUUCCCAUCGAUAUCCAAACACAUCAAGUGCAUAUGGGCAUAAGAAUCCAAUUGAUUUAGAUGAGAGUUCUGUCUUAGCAUAUUCAAGGGAGUGCAACGAGUGUUUUGGGUUGCAUAGACCAAAUCAUCUAGUGCCAAUAUUACGCUAUGCCGAUGAUCCGGAGCCUGAAGAAGGCAACUUGAAUAAUUCAGAGGCAGAAGAUACAAUGCAAAGACAAACAGAUGGUAAACCAAGUUCAGCAGACAACACUCACAGCCCCAGUAGUUCAUCAAGCAAAGGGGAUAAUGAUUCUACUUCCAUAGGAGGUUGUGAGAUUCGUUGGGAGGACUUACAUUUGGGAGAGGGAAUCGGACAAGGUUCAUGUGGUAUUGUAUAUCGUGGAAUCUGGAAUGGAUCGGAUGUUGCCAUUAAGGUUUACUUUAAAAAUGAAUACAGUGAGGGGAUUUUACAUGGCUACAGAAAGGAGAUUGAUAUAAUGAAAAGAUUACGGCAUCCUAAUGUGCUGCUAUUUAUGGGAGCAGUAUAUUCACAAGAACGUCUUGCUAUUGUCACAGAGUACUUACCUAGGGGUAGUCUUUUCAGACAACUUCACAAAAAUAAUCAAGCAUUGGAUAUUAAGCGACGUAUGAGGAUGGCCCUUGAUGUUGCGAGAGGUAUGAAUUACUUGCAUCGUAGAAAUCCACCUAUAGUCCACAGAGACUUAAAAUCGUCUAACUUGCUGGUUGACAAGAACUGGACUGUCAAGGUUGGAGACUUUGGUCUGUCGAAGUUCAAGAACGCAACCUUCUUGACUGCAAAAUCUGGUAGAGGGACACCUCAAUGGAUGGCACCUGAGGUCCUCCGAAAUGAACCUUCAAAUGAGAAGUCUGAUGUAUUCAGCUAUGGUGUCAUCCUUUGGGAAAUAAUGACUGUAUCGGUCCCAUGGGAUAACCUCAAUCCCUUGCAGGUUGUUGGAGUUGUCGGCUUCAUGGAUAGGAGAUUGGACAUACCGGAAGGCCUCAAUCCUGAAAUAGUAUCCAUUAUCGAAGACUGUUGGCGAAGUGACCCCGGCCAGCGCCCAUCGUUUGAAGAUGUGAUUCAGAUAAUGAAGAACUUAGUUAUCAAAGUUGAAGCAGCUUCAGUAAGAAGUUCAAACCCUUGAAUUAUUAGUAUUGGUUCAGGUUACACUUGGGGAAGUACCUUUCUGUUAUAUAUUGAUCAACAGUUGAGAAAAAUUAACUGUCAUACAUAAUGGUUUCACUGCAAUUGUGUUCAUGUUGUGGGUCAAGUGGAAAUGAGGAAAGAAAAGGGCAUGAAGCCCGCAAAUGUUGCCUAGUACAGAAUUAUACACGUGCUUCAAUACUGUAUCAUCAUUCCAUUAUUCUAUUUCUUUUCUGCUUC